AUGCUCACAACAGAGCAAAUCGAGGAUUUAUCGGAGAAUUUUAAAACAGUGUAUCAGGAUGGAACGGGAUUUCUACCACACAGCGAUCUUCAGGCCGCUUUGAAAGUGUUAGGUAUCGAUAUACCCGGAUACAAAAUGCGUGAACUGUCUGAUCGAUAUGGUUUUUCUAAUUCCGACAAAGUGGAAUUGUCGCGAUUUGCAAUGUUAUUCGAUGAACUUGAGCAGGCAAAACAUGAAGAAACUAACCGAUGGAAAGAAAGAAUCGGGUCUGUAAGCGGAGCGUAUCAAAUUCCAAGUGACAAGCAAGAGAACACCGUCCAUACGAUCAGGACUGAGGAAGAAGUGGCCUUUUCAAAUUGGAUUAAUUCAAAUCUAUCCGAUGAUCCAGACCUUAAGCGAUUACUUCCUGUUAUUCCUGAAGGGAACGAUCUAUACACGAAAGUCCAAGACGGUUUAAUCAUCUGCAAACUCGUAAACUUAGCUGUUGCUGGUACUAUCCAUGAGAAAGCCAUCAAUAAGAAGAAUUUGAAUACGUACACCAAACUGGAAAACCUGACCUUGGCUCUGAUGUCUGCUCAGGCUAUUGGAUGCAACAUCAUCAAUAUCGACAACAUAGACCUCAGCAAGGGAACACCUCAUCUUGUGUUGGGCCUCCUUUGGCAAAUAAUCAGAAUUGGGCUUUUCAACCAAAUUGACUUACAACACUGUCCAGGACUGUUCCGAUUAUUGAAGGAAGGAGAGACACUCGAUGAUUUGAGAAAAUUGUCUCCAGAAGAAAUCCUAAUGCGAUGGGUGAACUACCACAUGGAAAAUGCCAAUGUAAAUCGUCGAUUGACGAAUUUCACUACGGAUAUCAAUGACUCCGAGAUUUAUACACAUCUCCUUCAUCAAAUAGCACCCAACGGCUGUGGUGUGACGCUGGCUCCUCUCUCAAUCAAGGGUAAUUUGAAUCGUGCUGCUGCAAUGUUGGAUGAAGCGGAGAAGUUGGAGUGUCGUGAAUUUGUCACACCUAACGACGUCGCCAUCGAGGAAGUUGUCGAGGAAACGCGCGAAGAGAGAACUUACAGAAACUGGAUGAAUUCGAUGGGCGUGAAUCCAUAUGUGAACUGGCUUUAUAGUGAUCUUCAGAAUGGUGUCAUCAUAUUCCAGCUGUACGACAUUAUUCGCCCUGGAAUCGUUCAAUGGAAACGAGUAGUACGCGUGUUCCACAAACUGAGAGGUAUGAUGGACCAGAUUCAAAAUUGCAAUUAUGCUGUGGAACUUGGCAAGCAACUGCGGUUCUCGUUGGUUGGUAUCCAAGGAAAGGAUAUCUACGAUGGAAAUCAGACACUAACGUUAGCGCUCGUUUGGCAAUUAAUGAGGGCCUACACAUUGACGAUUCUCGCGCAGUGCACUCAAAGUGGUGAUUCGCUCCCCGCCGACAAGGACAUCGUUGCAUGGGUGAACCGUAAGUUGGCCUCUUGUGGGAAAACAUCUUCGAUUCGCUCCUUCCAAGAUUCAUCCAUUUCUGAUGCAAAGGUUGUGCUUGACCUAAUUGAUGCUAUAAAGCCGAAUGUCAUUGAUUAUUCCUUAGUAAGUGAUAUACGGUUUUUAUUGUUUCUUUUGGAUCAUCCAAUCUACAAUUCUUCUUUUAUACAUCCGUUUAAGGUGAGCAGUAGCAAUAAUAUGGAAAACGCCAAGUAUGCAAUCACGUGUGGUCGAAAAAUCGGAGCGAAGAUAUACGCGCUUCCCGAGGAUAUCGUUGAAGUGAAACCAAAAAUGGUAAUGACCGUAUUUGCAUGUCUAAUGGCUCGUGACUAUAUGCCUGAUAUGAGGGAAUCGGUCCCAGAACCCGUUUAUCCUUUGUCCUCAUAG